UUGAGUGUGUGCAGUAGCAGUACAAUAUAUCCUUUUCUUCACUUCUCAAAUCCUUCUCCGCUUUAAACAGCAAACAUGAAGUUCGUUAUUGCCGUAGUCAUGUUGGCUCUUGCCGCCGGUGUACACUCUUCUCUGCUGCCGCUGACCGCACAGAUUGCACCAGCCGUGUCGUAUGUGACUUCCGCCGUACACCCUAGUCCAUUGCUCGCCACUGGCGGUUGGGGCGCACCAGCUGCCGUUACUGCAUUGGGUGGCAUUGGACUCGGUGGCUUGGGACUCGGUGGCCUGGGACUCGGCGGUCUGGGACUCGGUUUGCGCGCUGGCAUUCCCGGCAUCUCACUCAGCCAAGGACCUCUAGGUGCUGCUAUCGCUGCUCCAAUUGCCGCACCGAUCGCUGCUCCACUUGCCUUGGGUCAUGGCUCGGGUGUGUAUGUGGCAAAGACACGCGGCGCUAUUCACACAGCUCCUCUAGCUGGCCAUGUCAACUCGGCGACUUCUCUCAAUUUGGCACCAGCACCUGGCACUUGGUAAACACGGCAUGCGCAUACCAACAAGAUCCUCACAAAGAAUUAUUACAAACUGACAUUCAUAUACAUACAUACACACACGCACACAUUAUGCAUAUAGGCUGAAGUAUAGAAGUGCGUUGCCAACUACAUAUAAGCACAAGAAAGAUUUUGACAAUAUUGCUCCCAAAUGAAGGAAGCUGCCACCGCACUGAUCUUAAACAAUAUGUAUAAUUGAGAUCGAGUUCACCUUUUCGCCGUUAUGUAUACCGCGUUCCGUUAUCCACAACCGCAAUCCACACCCUGACACGCCUACCGACAUUUAUAUGCAACGCACACACACACACUGUCUAACGCAUAUCUAUGUUCUUUAUUAUUAUAUUAAACGAUAUAUUAUGUACCUUGUACACUCAUGUAUUCCAUGUUAUUUACUUAUCAUAAUCACUAUGUUACACUGUAUUUGUGGUGUUGGCGCAAACUCGUAGUCGUAAAUGUUUGCCGAUACGCCAUGCUAAGGAAGGAAAGGAUUUGAAGCACAAAUCCGCUACAACAACUGCGAUAACAAUAACAACAACAAUGAUACUGAUAUUUUUACCGACAACACUAUAAUAUAUGAUGUUCAUUCUAGUUUCGUACAACAACUUUGAGAACUUUUCACCGCUCUGUAUUUCUAAAUCUUCUACUUUCUUCUACUAUCUUUCGCUAUUCUCGUUACACGAGAUAUCUUUUACUAUCACCUCUCUUUUACCCCUUUACUCGUAAUCUUAUACAAAACAUACAAAUAUAUUGCAUAAAGA